AUAUAACAAAAACUUAUUCAGACCAUGACAGAACGUUUAAACGAGUUGUCAAACAAUGUCCUGAUAACCCUACAAUCGGGUAAAAAGAUAGUAGACGCAGUGACCAGCCUAAGAGAACUGUACUUGUAUCUGUUUAAGCACAGUGUCCCUCUUCCCUCGACUACAUACAAUUAUCUUCUCGUUGCUAUUCAGGAUCGUGAGAACAGUCGACUAGGAAACCCUAAGAUAUGUCAACUAACAGUGCUAGUUCUGUUCCAGGCUAACCGCCCGGUUAAGCAGCUACAGAAGGGUUAUACUCGUGUUGGGGAACUCUUGAAGCUCAAACAAGCUCCUGACCCACGACGAGCUCAACUCCAUCAACACCAACAUGUACAACCUGAUCCGGUGCAACCCCGGUCUGGUGAAGAGAUCACGGUUCUCACGGUCCCAGAAGUACUACGGUCCAAACAAGACGCCCCUUACUACCGCCCUCACUGUAUUGUGCACUUCGUCUAGCAGUAAACCUUCUCCGCUACUCCUUCUCCAGGCUAUUUCGUUUUCCUCGUUGAGAAGGUGGCUACUAUUUCUACCCACUGCACCUCUUGAAGUAUACCAAGGAAACAACAGAUCAGACCUAGUAUCCGAGUACAACGAGGUCGAGUCCCAAGUAGGGGGCAGCACUUAUGCAGCCUCCACCUACACCAGGAUUACUGAUGUCACGUUCCAUCAGCAGGGAAUCUACAACGACAACUUCUACGACAUGAGAAGUGAGAUAAGUGCAGCAACACGGUACAACCCCAGAACUCUAAACCUGUCCAUAACCAGCAGUACAGGUAGCCCAAUACUGGACGCUGCACUGGCACAUGUUACUCUGGUUAUAGAGCACUGUACUAAACUUACCUUCAACAACAAAGACAAGAUCGUAGGUUUGGCAGCGUAUCUGGAGUGCAUCAAGAUAUUGGAUACUAUCUUCGAGCCGUGCCAAUCAGUGGAGGUGCAGCACGAGAUCCUAGCAGCCAUGACCAUGAUACUAUCCAAUCUGAAGAGUGAUAAGACAAAGUAUAUCCUGCUUCCUGCUGCUCUGAUCGUGGUCAUGAAACAUAGUCCUGAGUUUAAGUUGAAUCCGGAGCAGAACGAAUACAUGACAUUCCUAUACUCUGACGUCAUCGCCAAAAGCUACGAAACCUGCUCACUAAUGUACGAGAUCAUCAUGUUCACCCUCUCCUUCGCUCCUCGUAUCUCUCGGCUCCUUCAAACAUACAUUCCCAACAUUUUCAAGAUUGUAGCUUAUCGUCCGACUACGUUUGCUAGGGAGAUUGCAAUGAUGCUUCCGCAUUUUUAUCAUUCCACUGUAUUGAAGGAGCUGUUUAUAACCAUUGUACAGAUGCCUGUCCUAUCUGCUCUCAUGCUGGCUAACCUUAAGACGAGUAGCGCGACUGACUGGUUACAGAGACUGCGAGUAAACAAGAUGUCACCAGUAGACAUAACCAGGUUGUACAGCGAGCUGGAUCUUGCUCAUCCUAGAGUUGUGGCUGCUUCUCAACUUUCUGCUGUUCUUCUUAAACUAUUCCUUGCUCAGUUAAUUGAGCACGGUGACACGCUAAUAUUCUGGGAUUGUUUCCUGUACCUUUACAAAAUACCAGACAUACCGGGAUACAAAGACAGCGUUUCUAAAGCUAUCCUCAACCAUCUCAAACGUGUAUGUCAGUCGAGUCCCAACAGGAUAGUGAACGACAACCAAGACAAGAUGUUUGAGUACGUGCGGAAAAUAGAGCAGUACCCUAACUACUGUGUUUAGCACCAGACAUCAUAAACAUUCAUUCCAUUUUCCUCCCCUCUGUAGGGUAGACUUAGCUCUGAGGUACACAAAUCAGUACACAAGUCAGUAGAACAACAACUUUACAUUAUAUCAGCCAUGUCCUACACUCCCCUCCUUAACUCCUUGUUACUCCUUCUUGUAGUGCUGUCCGCUAAGGAACCAACUCUUAAUGAGAGGACACUGACUUGUUUGGAAAACAUAAAAACUAAGGUGUUAUCACGAGGCCCAACAAUAGAGUCACAGUCCCUGAUCCAGCUGGUUGACAUGCUGUCCUCCACCCUCCGUCACGGUGGUGGGAGUUUGGUGGAGAUCUACAAGACGGGAGAAACAGUGGGGCAUGUUAACACUAUGAACAUGUUGGGUGCUCUCAGUUUUAUUGACAAAGCAGCUACAGUCUGAGCCUGUCACGUGACACACCCUGAACCUGUCACGUGACACACCCUGAACCUGUCACGUGACACACCCUGAACCUGUCACGUGACACACCCUGAACCUGUCACGUGACACACCCUGAACCUGUCACGUGACACACCCUGAACCUGUCACGUGACACACCCUGAUUUACAAGACGGGAGAAACAGUGGGACAUGUUAACACUAUGAACAUGUUGGGUGCUCUUAGUUUCAUUGACAAAGCAGCUACAGUCUGAGCCUCCAACUUGAAUCGUAGUUUUUACAGUAUAGUAAUGGAGUGUUCAAAAGUUCAACUUGUAAUUGUUGUUGAUAAUUAAAUGUGAUUUUUUAAGUUGACAUUUUAUGUAGUAAGUCACAGAUCGUAUUGUAGGGAAAAUUAUGAAAUGAAACCGGGGAAGCUCCAAUGUGAGCUUGUAUGAAUGAGACUAAGCAAUUAACAUUUCUUUAAAGAAACAAUUUUCAAAUGCAGUCAGAAAAAGUCUGAUUACGAAUGCAAAUCAAAUAUCUAAUGUGAAAUUGAUUAGGUUUGAUGUCUUUAUCAUUAUAUAAAGAAUUAUAAAUACAGCUUAUUUGAUUUCAAACAUUUUGUUCCUACUCCACACAGGCUAUUUUUACUUCAAAAUCUCCAGCUUAUAUAAAGCUCUGUUUUUUAAGUCUACGUCACAUGAUCAAAAUACAGCUUUCUGAUUGGUCACCCCC